AUGCCACCUCAACUGGUUCCUCUUAAUGUGAAGGAGCAGCGCUGUAUCGGGCUUCUGGACAUCAAGGAAGAGUGCAAUGAAGGAGCAGAGCAAUGGAUUCGGACUCUUGAUGCUUCACUGUGUGGAGGUUCGGUGUCACCAGAAGCUCUUCAGCGGUUCUUUGCUCACUGCCUGACUCAGAUUUUCACCUGGAAUCCUCAACUGACAGUGUCGGACGCUGUGACCUCGCAGAAUGACUGGACUGUUGCUAAAGCCGGCCGCUGUCUGACCUCGCUUUGCUGCAAGCUGGCUGCGAUCUUCAGCGUGGAGCAGCUGCUGCAUCACCUGCAGCAGGUUCUGGAAACGCACGAGGUCAACUGGAAACACGUCUUGGUCUUUGUCUCCACCCUGCUGGUUUACGACCAGUCGGCCCAGUCCAGCCUCAGCGAGGCGUUGUGCCGCCUGCUGAGCUCGGCGUUCGGAGGCUACGACCUGGAGAAGCUGAUCACCGCCUUCCUGCUGGCCCGGCAGGGGGCUCUAGAGGGCGCCGGCGUGUUUCCAUCCUACACCGACUGGUUCAAGAUGUCGUUCGGCGGACGCUCCGGUUUCCACGCUGGCAGUAAGAAGUCUCUGGUGUUCCUGCUGAAGUUCCUGUCUGACCUCGUGCCCUUUGAACCUCCUCAGUACUUAAAGGUUCAUAUUCUUCACCCUCCGUUUGUGCCUCUGAAACACCGCAGCCUCCUGAUGGAGUACGUCUCGCUGGCGAAGACCCGACUGGCCGACCUGCAGGAGUCUGUGGAGGAGAUGGGUUUGUAUGAAGAUGUUUCUGCUGCCGGUGCUUCACUUCAGAGCCAGGCUGCACAGGACGUGGAGAAAGCUGUGUGUCUGUUUGAGAGCAGCAGCAGGAUCCCUGCAGCUGUCAUGGAGGCCAGCAUUUUCCGGAGGCCGUACUUUCUAACCAGGUUCCUUCCUGCGCUGCUGAAGCCCAGAGCGCUUCCUCUCCAAGCCGAUGCUCAGAUGAACUUCAUAGAAGCUCUGAAACAAGCAGAGAAGAUCCCAGCUGCCCAGUAUUCCCAGUAUGUGGAGUCCUGUCAGAAGCGACGGCAGCAGAGUGGAAGCCCUCGGCGCCCCGGAGCCCCGCUGGCCGUUCUGCAGGAGCAACUGCAGGAAUUCACCGAACUGCUGGCAGCAGGACGGGACCCAGAGUCAUUGGCCCAGCUGUCCAGGAUUUCUCACACCCUGAGUGUCGUCUUUCCCGGUUCUGAUGACCCGGUUGGACCGGCCACCGCCCCCUCGCUGCCCGAGCUCCAUCUGAAGGUAAACCCGAUUCUGGUUCUGAUUCUGGACCAGGUUGGGUCUGUGGUUCUGAAGUGUUUGUGUUGUGAUCUUCAGGUUGUUGAUUUAAUUCUGCAAAGUUUCUGUCAGAGUCUGCUGGUCGCUUCCAGAGGAAAUCCUCCCAACAGACAGAGCUUGUGGGGCAGCAGGUUCGUCUGUGUGCUGCUCGAUAACCGGCAGGUUCUCUCCGGCGUAAUCCACAGACUGAAGGGUCUGUUUCACCAACAGGCAGCUUCUCUGAGACCGGCCCACAUCCUGGGCCUGGCAGCCUUCAUCGUCCACCUGCAGGCGGCCCAGCCUGGUCCGGUUCCGGUAGCAGAGGCUCUGGGUUCGGCCGUGUUGAGCAGCAGUCGGACCAGCAUGCUGUUCUCUGUCAGGCUGGCUGUGGCUGCUGUGUCCUACGGACUCUGCAGAGGACACUCUGCGUCUCCACAGCGACUGCAGGACUUUGUCCCCAGGAGUCUCUACAAAAAGCUCCUGUAUCUGGUCCCAAGGCUGUUCCCUGAGGCUAGGAUACGUCCAGAGGGACAGGGGGGGGACGGUCCAACAGGCGGCCAUCUUGGAGACGGUUUGGCUCUGCUGUGGAGCUUCACUGACGGAAUCAGCUGGACGGAGACGGUGCUGCAUCUGUGGAGACACGCUGCCUUCCAGCAGCUGCAGCAACUGCAGCUGUACCAGUUGUGUUUUUCAGAGUGGCUGCAUGAAGAGCUGAGAGUCCAGAGAAACUCGGACGUUUUGUCGGACGCAGAGCGGCAGCAGUACCAGCAGUGGGCCUGCUGGGAGCUUUAUCUGCCCCGGCCAGAGGAGCAGGGAGGCUGUGGCGGCGACCCCAGGGCGCUCUGCUCACGCCUGCUGACCGCCGUCAUGGAGCCGCCACCCAGUAGGGAGAUGAACCUGGAAAACCUGGAGUUUUCUCCAGGACCGUCUGGAACCGGAACCUGUUUGCCGGACCUGCUGUCCAGACUACAGGAGCUGGUCUACGAGGCAGAGGUCGGUGACCUCUGGGGUCGCCGGGUGGGUCUGGGGGACUUCCUGCUCCGGGUCGUGUCUGAGAGAUGCUCCGUCUCCUCUGGCAGCGUCUCCUCCAGGCUCAGCCUGCAGAGGACCAUAGAGGCCUGGAACAGGGUGCUCCUGGUGCUGCCACCUGUGAUGUUCUUCAAAAUAAAGGCUGAAGCAGGGCGGAGCGUUGUCGACUGUAGCCAGCUGCUGCAGCACAUCACUCAGCUCCAGAGGAAGGCGUGUCCUCCAGCCGGCCUGCUGCCCUGCGCCGUGACAGUUCAUCUCUUGAAGGGCCUGCUCUUUGCUGCGGGACAGUGUGGACGUCCAGCAGCAGAAGUGGACCGGGUCUGGUCCCUGAUGAGCGCCUCCUGUCCUCUCCUCCUCGUCUCUGCAGUGCGUUGGUGGCAGCAGCUUUCUCCGGUUCUGGUUUCACUCUGGACCCGCCUCCAGGAUGCAGAACCUUUUCCAGAGCAGCUGCAGCUCCUCUCAGCCUGCCGGCUCUGGGCCUGCAGUCUGCGAGCAGGUCCGGUUCUGGUCCAGAUCCCUCCAGGUCCGGUUCUGGUCCAAGCCGCCAGCCUGCAUGGCGCCUUCAGAGGCAGGGCGGAACACCAGCAGAACUUCAGAGAGGUUCUGGACGGACUGAGAGAGGCUGAGAACCAGCAGGUUCUGGUUUCUCUGCUCUUUCUUUUUGUGACGGACUUCCUGUCAGAACUUCUGGAUCCUCAGGAGAAAAGUUCUGGAAGGUCCAUAUGGUUUUGCUCAGAACUUCUGGCGGUUCUGGUGAACUCAGCUGAUUGGCUGCUGCUCUUCAAGUCCAACGAACCGGACCUGGAACCGGACCCGGUCACCCUGACGGUCUCUGAUGAUUGCAGCCGGUUGAUGCCCUGGGCGCUCUGCAGUUUGCUGCAGCAGCAAAGCGCCGCCGUCCACCAGAGGGCGCUGCGCUGCCCCGGGUUCCUCCACAGCGCCACCCUGUGGUACCUGGAGGCGCUGCGGCUCUUCCUGGACGGAGAGGCGCCCGCCUCGGCGCGCCAGGUGGAACCGACCCGGGUUCUGGACUGCACCAAGCAGUUUGUCCUGAGUUUGAUCCGGCAGGCGCCGGCAGCCGCCCUGAGCUGCAGCCAGUGGAGACAGUUGGAGACUCGCUGUGUGGACCUGGACCCAGAACUGGCUGCGACUCUUUCAGUUCACCUGGACCAUCCUGCGGUGGGCUUCCUCUAGCAGACCGGAACCAGAACCAGCUGACCUGAUACUUUCAUAAAAACUUACUAUUUUCAGGUUUUUCUGCAGAAACUUGAAUCCUAAAGAAAAUAAAAUAAGUUCUUCUUCUC